AAAUUAACUCAAUAUUGUUGAUGUAAGUAAACUUAGCUUUGAUAAGUUGAUUUGAAAGUGUUUGGUUUGGCAGAGGGCGCCACCUUCCGCUCAUAUGCUUUCUGCCACAAAGCAUUCGCGUGUGUUGUUGUGUUGCGUUGCGUUGCAUGUUAUUCGUUCCGUGUUCGUGCGCGCCGUCGUGUUUUCGUUUUUUCGCAUCGCGGAUACUGUUAUCUCGCGCCCGAUGAUUCAUGGGCCAGCCGCACACCAAGCUAGAGACAUCUCAGUGCGACCGCUAGACGGGCGCGCCAUCCCGAAAACAAACAAAACUCGACGUGUCUCGCGCUCUGUGCCCUGUUGUGUGUGCAAAACGCAUCAUCUGCAAUCAGCAAACGAAUAAUAGCCGCGAUGAUGCACCCGCUGGAGCGUGCCGCGUGCGUUCCAGUUGCAUCGUAAUUAAUUCUACCUUUUCCACCUAGCUGUAAUUGCAAUUACGUAGGCGCCGCGCGCCGACGGCCACAUACACGCCGACGAGAGAUGAAGUUGUGAGGCGCGAGCACAAACCGAAGAAGAGACGAGAGAGCGAGGUAUGGCCGAGCGCAACCACUUUGAGGGCGGCAGCAACGGCGGCAAGUCCGCCGGGCCCCAGCUCGAUGAGCCGCCCAACUCGCGGUUGUUCAUCGUCGGCAGCAAGAAACUCACCGAGAAUGAGUUUCGGGACGCGUUUGCGAAAUUCGGAGAGAUUGAAGACAUUUGGAUGGUCAGAGAUCGAAGAACUGGAGAAUCAAAAGGUGUAACUUAUAUCAAAUAUGCAAAAACCAGUGAAGCUGCCACUGCCUAUGAAGCCAUGAAUGGUAAAACUAUGCAUGGAUCAGACCGACAAAUAAAAGUGAUGAUUGCCUCCAGUCGAAAUAAAGGCUCACAACGCGAAGAAAACGAAGACGAGAAAAUCCAGCGUCUGUUCAUCGUCGCGCCGAAAACGAUGACCGAAGCAGACCUCGAGAACCACUUCAAAGUCUACGGCGACAUCGACUAUGUGAAUAUAGUCCGCGACAAGGAGACGCGCGAGAGCAAAGGCUUCGCGUACAUAAAAUACUACAAGUUUUCGCACGCGGCGAAAGCCUUCGAGGAGUGCGAUCGCAAGUACAAGGCGGUGUUCUCCGAGCCGCGCAAACCCAGCAUGAAGCGGUACUCCAACAACGCGGAGUUCUCCGAGCGCACGGUGAACAGUUGCCCCGGCGAUGGCUUCAACAGUGACAAGUGCUACAGACUGAUGGUGAUAGGCAGUCCUUAUUUGACUGAAGAUCAACUUUGGAAGUUGUGCAAUAUUGUACCAGGUUUGGAAUAUGCGCAUUUGCGAAUAGAAGCUGCCAAGAGAAGAGCAAUCGGAACCGUGGUGUACUCAUCGAAACAAUGGGCAACAUACGCAGCGGAAAAACUGCAUGGUUUCGAAUAUCCUACAGGAUCUAGGCUAAUUGUGAAGCCGGAUGGAACUGUGCCAAGAAUAGACUCGCCGCGUUCAGUGGGCAAUGCUCGACUUGGCGGUGCGGACACUCCAACAAACCUUUUACAAUUAGCAGAGACUAUUGCGCAUGCAACUAGUAUUAUACAAAAUGCUGGGCUUGCAGUUGGAGCGUCAAAAAGUAAUUCCUUCGACAUUCCACCAUCAGACAAUACAGAUAUCUGUAGUGUCCGAUUACUCCCGCAGCCUUUGGCAUCAAUCGAUGCCGAGACGCAGGCACGAUGUUUCAUCGUCUGCACGCCCCCGCCGCCCUCCUCAGCCAUCCUGCGCGACGUUUUCUGUCGCUUUGGUAAUCUAAUCGAAGUCUACCUGCUGGCGAAUAAAAACUGCGGGUAUGCAAAGUACGCGAGUAAAGAUUCAGCCGCCGAGGCUAUAAAAAUACUACAUGGUGCUGACGUGUGUGGUGGUCGGAUAAAAGUGAUAAAAGCCGAGGAGCGCAACGAGCAGUCCCGUAAACGCCAGCGCACCGACGAAUAGGAAGGACACUUGUUGUAACGCGUGUCAAAAACAAAACAAACAAACGUUAAACACACGACCCGGACUGAAAACACACACAAACUGGACGCGGACUUACAACUUUUCUUUACCAACUACUACUGACUGCUCCAACUCUCCAAAACCCAUUCAUAAUAUAUAUCAUAAUAUGACCGAAACCAAGAGUGAAUUGUGAAUGAAACCAUUUUAAAUGUUUAAAAUAUAACUACCUAGGCAAGCACCUAGGCAUCUUGUUGCUAGUUGAUAUGAAAGUGACUGAAGUUUUUAGCCAACUGUACUAAACUAUGAGACUUCAUGAUGACCAAUUUAUGCACAAUUUUUAUGAGAAUGAAAUUGAUUCUCGGACGGAUACCGGCGUUCUCGAACGUUUGUGAUCUUCUUUAGUGGCAAUGUUUUUCAAUGUAUAGUGAUACUGUUCCAUAUAUUUGUACCUUUUUGUACCUUAUCAGUGCUUUUAUGCGUAAUUUAUAAUUUCUAAUGUUAUUCGAAGAAAUGUACAAGAUAUAUAUGUUUAUGAAGAUAAUAAAUUUGUAAUUUUAUCUUA